CUCGCGUGGCUCUGAAAGCUGUGGCGAGUCGGAGAACAGUUGCUGAGUAGGGAUGCUGAGCUUGGUACUGCACCCCUCAAAGAUGUACAAUUUGAACAGCAUGUGACUGCAGAGCCGGACUAACGACCAGGAACGGAGAGAAGCGGACCAUACAUUCAUUUAAAAUUAGUCUGUAACUCUGGCAGCCAUGGCUAACAGAGGACCCAGCUACGGACUGAGUAGGGAGGUUCAGGAGAAGAUAGACCAGAAGUAUAUUCUGGACCUGGAGGCCAGACUGGUGGACUGGAUCAUCUUGCAGGUUGGGGGGAACAUAGAGCGACCAGAGUCUGGGAGACUGAACUUCCAGAGCUGGCUCAAAGAUGGAACAAUUCUUUGUAGGCUCAUUAACAGCCUAUAUCCCCCUGGUCAAGAGCCCAUAAAGAAGAUCCCAGAGACAAAAAUGGUCUUCAAGCAGAUGGAAAAGAUCUCCCAGUUCCUGCAUGCAGCUGAAGCUUAUGGGCUGAUCACCGGGGACCUUUUCCAGACUGUGGACCUGUGGGAAGGGAAGGAUAUGGCUGCCGUGCAAAGGACCUUGUCGGCUCUAGGCAGUAUGGCACUCACAAAGGAUGAUGGUCAAUAUCGUGGUGAACCUGAUUGGUUUCAUAAGAAAGCUCAGGGAAACCGGCGGGAGUUUUCUGAGGAGCAGCUGCGUCAAGGCCGUAGUCUGAUUGGCAUGCAGAUGGGCGGCAACUCAGGGGCGUCUCAGUCUGGCAUGACAGGGUACGGCAUGCCACGCCAGAUAAUGUAAAAAUGUCACUUGGCUCCCCUAUACGGAUCCAAAGUUGCUCUCAUUAGCUCAGGGGCAGCGUGAAGUUUCCCUGAUGAUCUCUCUAUAGGGGCCCUAGAUGUCACUUCAUACUGAAAAUCUGAGCGCUCUAAUGGAGCAUUACAGACAUCCUUCAAAAAAAAACUUUUAUGCUCACAGUGGCUCUACAGCUGCAUUUACACAGGCAGCCCAACUCUGAUAUUUUUUCCACUAAUUGGUAUUUUGACCAAUCACAGAUCUUUUUCCAGAGGUGAUCCAAUUGGUCAAAAGACCAAUUACUGGGGGGAAAAAAUAUCAGAAUUGGGCUGCCUGUGUAAACAGCCUUCACUCAGUUACAUGGUCAGGUGUGUCAUUUCGAUCAGUGCGGAUAUAUGUUGUCUGUGAAUCAGACUGGUGUUCCAAGGUUUCUGUCAACACAGUUGUGACACGACAGCAUGGAACUGUGCCAUUGUCAAAGAAGACAUUUUUGGUUAUUUAGGAAAGUCAUUGUAAUGAUAGCCACAAUAGUAUUACAUUACAGUAUUCUUUAUUCAGGUAAUUUACAGCACGACUAGUCUUAUUUUUUACUACAGUGUGGAAUGCGAACGCUAUACGGCCAUUUUCUUCACAUAACUUGGUUGCAUGCUAAUGUUCAGUAUUGAAUAUAUUUUCUGGUUUAAUUUAUAUUACUUAAUGUACACAGAUGUAUGAGUACUGUGUGAAAUGUAUCAUGUUAUAUAUUUACAGAAUUUACCCCCAAUUGGUUUCAAAAUCCUCUCGGCCUCUAUGGAUUAAAUCCUUCAUGAUGGUUUGGACUGAAAAAUCUCCCCCAUUUGUCCUUUCCUCAAGCGAAUUGCUGCUCCUUGCGACAGGGUAGGUGAAUCUUAGCCAGCUCGCUGUCACAGUCAAGCACCAGAUGGUUCUUUGCUCUCUGGGUUAUGGCAAAUUCUGUAGUUCCAGCCAAUCCUGUGCACAUGUCCUAGUCAUUGAUGACAGUUAACCAUUAAAAACCAUAGACCUGUCAAAUAAGGUUCAGAGUAAAUGUUAGCCAUAUCAGAAGCAACAAAUUUAAUUCCAGAAGUCAAAGAAAACAUCAAGCAAACAUUUGUUUAUUCAAUCAGAGAAAACUAUAUCCAGGUACUAUUAUUAACCACAUAAUGGGACAACAUUUUGUAAUAGGCUGCAUUAAUUAAUUUCAAAUGGAUAACAUAAUGCUGUCAACAGUAACAGAAAAUACUGGAAUGUUAAAACUGGACAGAAACAUUUAUACUAAAAAUGGCCAAUCUUCCUCUGGGAAGACUACAGGUGGACAGCAACCCUCUCAAUCAGCUACGGGCUGUUUAUCUUCAUCCAUCUUUCUCUGAAAAGAAAAUCAGUGGGAUAUUCAAAUGGGGGUAUUAACUCAAUACCAAGAACACCAGCUAAAUCAGAUCCCCUAAAAAGGUCUCAUAUCUUUCCAUUUGGUCAAGAUUCCACAAGCAUAGGUAAAACUCGCUUAAAUCAACAAUGUUUCCCUAUGAAGGUGAUGAUUAUCCAAGAUAUUUAUUGUUAAAAAUUAACAUUUGACAGUGAAACCUGAAUAAUGUUGAGAAUGUAUUGUGGGCUCCAAGGUCAACUACAUUUUCUUACCAAUAGACCACAAAGUAAGGAUUCAUAAGAAUGACUUGUUACAGUUGAAAAUUACCGUCAGGUUUAGGUAAUGUGCCUCACUGCUACAGUGGACUGAUUUGGCUGUUUUCUCAUUGGUGUAGAAGAUGUUGCACAGCUUGCAGAAGAAUCCGGUCCUUGGCACCAGAUAGUCUAACCCUGCAAAUAAAAGGACAGAAAACAACGUAACUUGUUUUUGUCCUACCUGAUAUCCCCAUCACCCAUGAUCAUAAAAAACAGACAGCCAAACUGAAACAGAAGUCAGUAUCUCUCUAUCUUACCAACUGGGUUGUUGGGUUGAUAAGGACCCAGAGGCUCCUGCUGCUUCUUCUUCUCCUCUCCCUCUGGGACAGCUUCCACACCACUGGUCUCCUCACCCUCAAGGUCCACACAGACCCCCUUACUAUCAGACACAGGUCGCUGGACAUCCUGGCCAUACAAACACAAUCAUGUCUAUCACAUAUUCAUUCUAUUCAGCCUGAAAUUGCGAGACCAACACCAAUAAAUAAGUUCACUAUU